CUCUCUCCCCCCACCCCCCCCACCAUCAUCAUUAUUCACCAUCAUUCCCGUUUUGCUGCAUCCCUCCUCUCUUUCUCUCUCCACACAUAUACAUACAACAAGGGGGGAGUCCUAAUCCACCAUUUUCGCCCCUUUGUUGGGUUGUUUCUGACUUUGAUCAAGAAUCUUGAUCGAGUACCGUUCUUCUUCAAGUUGAACGUAUAGCUUGUCGGGCGGUGAAUUUGGAAGCCCAGAUCUGUUUGAUUUUUUGUUUGGCUCGAAAGGGAAGAUUGCAAUAUGUCUUUUAUUGGGACACAGCAGAAAUGCAAGGCCUGUGAGAAGACUGUUUACCCAGUGGAGCUCUUGUCUGCCGAUGGAGUUAGUUAUCACAAGUCUUGCUUCAAAUGCUCUCAUUGCAAAGGAACCCUCAAGCUGAGCAAUUACUCAUCAAUGGAGGGCGUGCUCUACUGCAAGCCUCAUUAUGAGCAACUCUUCAAGGAGACUGGUAGUUUCAGCAAGAACUUUCAAUCGCCUGCAAAGUCAGCUGAGAAGUUAACUCCGGAGCUGACAAGAUCACCUAGCAAAGCUGCUGGAAUGUUUUCGGGGACACAAGAUAAAUGUGCUACAUGUGGUAAAACAGCUUACCCUCUGGAGAAGGUGACUGUGGAAAGCCAAAGCUAUCACAAGUCUUGUUUCAAGUGUUCUCAUGGAGGAUGCUCUUUAACUCCAUCCAACUAUGCAGCCCUUGAUGGCAUCCUGUACUGCAAGCCUCAUUUUUCCCAGCUCUUCAAAGAAAAAGGGAGCUACAACCAUUUAAUCAAGUCUGCAUCUAUGAAACGUGCAACAACUGUUGUGCCCGAUUCUUGAGCUACAGCUGCCGUUUUGCCUGAUUCUUGAAUUCCGAUGGCUGUUCAACAGGUUGUAGAACUCUGGUGCAUUUAAUUGCCGCAAUCUAUCUAUGUGCUUGCCUGUGUGGGUGUGUUUUGCAUCUCUUUCUGUUUGAUCAUCGUUCCUGUAAACUCGAAUGUAUUGUUUUUUCACCGUCUUCUUUUCCCAGCUGUGUACUGCUGGGGCUGCUUUUACAUUCCAUUUAUGAGAUGUUCAGAUUUCCCAACAGUGCUUUUAAGGCAAUAUUGAAGCAAUACACAGUUGUCAUC